GCGCUGUCCUCCAGAGCUGCUCACUCAUUAGGAAAUGCGGCGGCGGCUGUCACAGUGACAGCAGCAGGAGGACGUGCCGCCUGCCCAGCGCCUCUGGCUGGCUCAGAUCUGCUCCGCGGAGGCCCCAGUGGAGAGGUGGAUGCUGCUCGCCCUGGUCCCAGCCAAAACGUAUCCUCGAAGGAUGGAAUCUACCUUCACAGAGGUUAAUCAGAAGGUUCUCUCGUGGCCUCGGGCAGGCUUCUAAGAAGAAUCUGAAGGAUGACUGAGCUGUGGCGGGUGGAGGAAGGAGCCCACAGUUCCCUGACGUGACUGCGUGGCCAGCCACCCAGCAUUUGGAUGUCCAGGGCCCUGCCCUCCCGCACGUGCGGCCAUGUCCGAAGGGGAGAGCAAGGACAGCUCGGGCAGCGAGUGCCCCGUGUGCUACGAGAAGCUCCACGACCUGGAGGGCACCGGCCGGACACUGAGCUGCGGCCACGUGUUCUGCCAUGACUGCCUGGUCAAGUACCUCCUCUCCACGCGCGUGAAUGGCCAGGUCCAGAGGACCAUCGUCUGCCCCGUGUGCCGCUACGUCACCUUCCUCAGCAGGAAGAGCUCCCGCUGGCCCUCCAAGCUGGACAAGAGCUCCCAGACCCUGGCCGUGCCCACGGGCCUGCUGCCCGCACCACUGCCGGACACCCCGGGCCCCGCCACGCCCCUGGCCCUCUCCCAGGCUGUGUGGAGGCCGGCCCCGAGUCAGGGCGGCCAGCUGCCCCUGGACCCGCCGCCCGGCCUGGCCCGGGAGCCGCAGAUCUUCGUCAUCAGCAGCCACGGGAUGCCCCUGGGGGAGCAGGACAGCGUGCUGCCGCGGCGCAGCCUGGCCCAGCUCUCCGCGGCCUCCCCGGUGCCCAGAUCCACCCGCUCGUUCUGCUGCCGCUCCCGGGCCCUCCUGCUCAUCACCCUCAUCGCCGUGGUGGCCGUGGCGGCCGCCAUCCUGCCCUGGGUGCUGCUGGUGAGGAAGCAGGCGUGAGUGGGGGCACCAGCCCGAGAGCCGCUCUGGUAGCUGCCCGCUCACACAGCCAGCUGCACGCGGCCUGGGGGCGGGGGGUGGCCCGGGGCAGAGAGGGGUGUUCGGGCGGUGCUGACUGCAGGCAUCUCCUGGGCUCCUCGCUCCCAGGGGGCUCAGAAUGGACAGGGAGGCAGGAUCUCUGAGGCCAGAGCUGAGCUGAGCAGCGGAGCUCUGGGCUGGAUGAAAGGGAAACUCCAGGUUCCGGGCCAGGGGAGAAAGCGUGAUGGAUGCCCUUGCCCAGAAACAACAGCAGGGCCGUACCCUCAACAGAUACUGGCCCUUCCUCUAGGCUAGGACCCAGCGAGGUGGGGAGAUGGGCGGCUGCCCCAUCCUGUGGGCUCACCGGCCCCGAGGGGUAGCCCUCAUCUGCCAGGUGACCUACCUGAGGCCAGGUGGGGCUCCGCGCGGGGCACAUCCUGAUGGAGAGGGCCCAAGGGCAGGACUCCCCCAGCUGAGAACUCCCAGCCAGGGCCCUGCGGCCUGCUCACAGGAACAAACAGAAGGGGUGGCGCAGGGGCUGAAGGCAGCUGUGUCUCCCAGGAUCUCAGGCCCCAUCCGUGACCCCCACAGCUGGGCAAGGGCAUGCCUUCCCACCCCCAGAUCGCCAGCCCGGAAGGUCUUCCCUGAGGGAGAAGCUGAUCUCAGGGGACCCCUGGGGGAAGGAACAG